AUGGUAUGCAAGUUUCAAGCAACACCUCUUGUGGUCGCCUUCCUGCUGCGAAUUUUGGCAUAUGUUUCGCCUUCAUUGGCCCCGGGGAUGGUGCGUUAGUGGCCCCGGGAUUUUGAAGACACUUCCCCGCGUUAAAGACACUUCUUUAGGGGGAAAACUUUGUGUGUCUUUAAAGCGGGGUCGACUGUAUUGACGUAUCGACAUUUAUUUCCAGCUGUCAACAUGUUCUCGGAAGACAGGCAUCGGUAGAUCCCGAGUUCUGAACGUUGCGAGAUACGAACUGAGUUGAUCGUCGGACAGCAAGAACCCCGCUCUGGAUUCGACUCUUGCCACAGCAGCCACGUGCUGAGAUUUACUGGGAUGGGCAUCGGAAGGUAGUGCGGGGCCUCUCUUUUCGAGUAUUGUCUACUCCUCUGUAGU